ACAACGUCACUUCCUGUCUGCCGGCCUGAAAGUUUCACUUUCUGUUCAGCCCGGAGGUUCAGAGUCCGCUGGUUCCGACCGACAUUAGAGGCCCCGGACCCCCAGCGGCGUGAUGGCGUUCAGAUACCCCGAAGCCCGGAGAGACCUGAACCAGGUGGAUGAUUACCACGGAACCAAGAUCCCGGAUCCUUACGCCUGGCUGGAGGACCCGGACAGCCCGGAAACCAUGGCGUUCGUGGAGGAGCAGAACCAGCUGACCAUGCCGUACCUGGAGGGCUGCGCGGUCCGGGCCCGGUUCCAGCAGCGCCUCACCGAGCUCUACGACUACCCCAAGUUCAGCUGCCCCUACAAGCGGGGGUCCAGGUAUUUCUACUUCCACAACGCGGGCCUCCAGAACCAGGACGUUCUGUACGUCCAGGACUCGCUGGACGCGCCGGCCUCCGUGUUCUUUGACCCGAACUCGCUCUCUGAAGACGGAACCGUGGCGCUGAAGAUGGGCCGGCUGUCUGAGGAGUGUGAGUACUUUGCGUACGGGCUGAGCAGUGCCGGGUCAGACUGGGUCACGCUGCGCUUCCUGAACCCGGUCGGUCUGGCGCCGCUGCCCGAUGUUCUGGAGCGGGUCAAGUUCAGCUGCCUGGCCUGGACCCACGACGCCCGCGGCGUUUUCUACAACUGCUAUCCGCGUCAGGACGGCAAGGCUGACGGCACCGAGACCACAUCCAACAUCAACCAGAAGCUCUUCUACCAUCGGAUCGGAACCGAGCAGUCCGACGACGUUCUGGUGGCCGAGUUCCCGGACCAUCCCAAAUGGCACAGCUCGGUUACGGUCUCAGAUGACGGCCGGUACGCGGUUCUGUCCAUCACCGAGGGCUGCCGACCCGUCAACCGGCUCUGGUACUGCGACCUGCAGGCGCUUCCGGACGGGAUCCAAGGUCUGCUGCCGUGGGUCCGGCUGGUGGACAACUUCGAGGCGCAGUACUCCUACGUGACCAACGAGGGCAGCGUGUUCACGUUCCGCUCCAACCUGGACGCGCCGCGCUACCGCCUCAUCAACAUCGACAUCCAGAACCCGGACCAGCAGAACUGGACCACGCUGAUCCCGCAGCACGAGAAGGACGUCCUGGGCUUCGUCUCCUGUGUGAACCAGCGCCACCUGCUGGUGAACUACGUCCACGACGUGAAGGACGUGCUGCAGCUGUUCGAGCUGAGCAGCGGCCGCCUGCUGCAGGAGCUGCCGCUGGACGUGGGAACCGUCGCCGGGGUCAGCUGCAAGAAGAAACACUCAGAGUUCUUCUACAAGUUCACCUCCUUCACCACGCCGGGGAUCAUCUACCACUGCGACCUGAGCCGGCCCGACCCGGAGCCCCGGGUCUUCAGGGAGGUCGAGGUCAAAGGCAUCAACCAGGAGGACUUCCUGACCAGCCAGGUUUUCUACCCCAGUAAGGACGGAACCAGCGUUCCCAUGUUCCUGGUCCACUCCCGGGACCUGAAGCGGGACGGAACCAACCCGGUCUUCCUGUACGGCUACGGCGGCUUCGAGAACUCCAUCCAGCCGUACUACAAUGUGGCCUACCUGCUGUUCGUGAGACACCUGGGCGGAGUUCUGGCCGUGGCCAACAUCCGGGGCGGCGGAGAGUACGGCCUCACCUGGCACAAAGCCGGAACCUUGGAGCGGAAGCAGAACUGCUUCGACGACUUCCAGAGCGCGGCGGAGUUCCUGAUCCGGGAGCGGUUCACCUCGGCCAGCCGGAUCGCCAUCAACGGAGCGUCCAACGGCGGCCUGCUGGUCGCCGCCUGCAUGAUCCAGCGGCCGCAGCUGUUCGGAUGCGUCGUCGCCGAGGUCGGAGUUCUGGACAUGUUGAAGUUCCACAAGUUCACCAUCGGACACGCCUGGACCACCGACUACGGCUGCGCAGACGACCCGGAGCAGUUCCAGUGGCUCAUCAAGUACUCUCCCCUCCACAACCUGCCGGAGGCGCCGUACUCCGGCCCGCAGUACCCGGCCGUCCUGCUGCUGACGGCGGACCACGACGACCGCGUGGUUCCGCUGCACACGCUGAAGUUCUGCGCGGCGCUGCAGCGCGGCGUGGGCGGCAGCCCGCAGCAGCGCCGGCCGCUGAUGCUGCGCGUCGACACCCGCAGCGGACACGGCGCCGGGAAGCCCACGGCCAAGGCCAUCCUGGAGGACACGCACAUCUUCGCCUUCAUCGCCGAGACGCUGCAGCUCCACUGGAAGGACUGAAGCUCAGAGUCCAGAUCCGGCUCUGAAUGAAAGCUGUCCACCUUCAGUAAAACCUCCGCUGGUCCAGAGUCAGGAAGAGAUCCAGAGAUCCACUGAGGGAUCUACACUGAACAAAGAAAAACAUGAUCCAACUGUAAAACAUUUAUUCAAAUUAAGUUUGUCAGAUUUACUUUAUUUACAUUUGUUUACCAUGACACCUUAAGAAACUUGAUAUUUUGGACAAACUAACAAAUUAACUCAAUUUAAUUUGGAUCUGUUGUUUUAUUUUUUCAGUGUAGAUUCAGGAUCAGAACCGGAAAAAAAGUUUCAAUCUUUGACUCACUAUAAUAAAAUACAGUUUUAAAUGUAAAUUUAAUAACUUGAUUGUUUAAGCAUUUUUUCCUGCAGUAAAUUGAUCUUCCAGGACAAAAUUACAUUAAAAAAAAACUUGUGAUA